AUGUCUCGUAACAGUCUCUUGCCAAUCCUCUGUUUUGCCCUCGCCCUUAGCUUUGGCUUUGUCUCUUCACAAAGUUGUGGAAAAGUGUUUUUCAGUCGAAAUGGUACUUACGAUGUAAACCGUCGUCUCGUUCUCUCAACUCUUGCUUCCAACGUCAGUUCUCGAAACGGCUUCUACAACGUCUCCGUAGGACAAGGCUCUGGAAGGAUCUAUGCUUUAGGCCUUUGUAUCCCAGAGACUGAUCCAAAUCUCUGUUCCGCUUGUAUCCAAGCUGCAUCCGACAGUUUAUCACGAAACUGUCCGGACCAAACCGACUCAUGGGAAUGGAAAGCCGGCAGGACGCUUUGUUUCGUUCGUUACUCUAACGGGUUGUUUUUCGAUCAGAUCGAAUUAGAGCCGUCACAAGCAAUUUACACAUCUUCUGGUAGGUUCCAAGGGAACAUUACAGCUUAUACCAACAUAUGGGACGCAUUCAUAAGCUCUAUGAUCAGCCGAGCCGGUCAAACUCGAUACCUAGCCGAUGUAUCGCCUCGGACAGGUAACGAUAGUUUUAUAUACUCGGAGGAACCGUACGUAAGCCGGUCUGCUAUUUCCGCGGUUAUGUUUGUGGUGUUUCUUGCGUUUGGCUUGGUUAUUUGGAAAAGAUCAUACAGAACAUCAAAACUUCAAACUGAUGAUGACAUGACUAGUCCACAAUCGCUACAGUUUGAUUUUGCAACAAUUGAAGUGGCAACUGAUAAAUUUUCGAGGACUAACAAGCUAGGUCAAGGCGGAUUCGGUGAAGUUUAUAAGGGAAUGUUACCAAAUGGAACAGAAAUUGCGGUUAAGCGGCUAUCAAGAAAUUCAGGACAAGGCACACAAGAGUUCAAGAACGAGGUUGUGAUUGUGGCCAAGCUUCAACACAAGAACCUUGUUAGGCUUCUUGGGUUUUGCUUAGAAAGAGAUGAACAAAUACUUAUCUACGAGUUUGUUCCAAACAAGAGCCUUGAUUAUUUUCUCUUUGACCCAACAAAGAAGAGACAGUUGGAUUGGAAAAGACGGUACAACAUCAUCGAAGGGAUUACGCGAGGGCUUCUCUAUCUUCAUCAAGACUCAAGGCUCACCAUCAUACACCGUGACAUCAAAGCUGGUAACAUUCUUUUAGAUGCUGAUAUGAGCCCUAAGAUAGCGGAUUUCGGAAUGGCAAGGAAUUUUAGAGUGGAUCAAACUGAAGACGAGACUGGAAGAAUUGUUGGAACAUUCGGUUACAUGCCUCCAGAGUAUGUGACGCGUGGCCAUUUCUCUACCAAGUCUGAUGUAUAUAGCUUUGGAGUAUUGAUUCUGGAGAUUGUUUGUGGCAAGAAGAACAGUAGCUUCUAUCAGAUGAAUGAUGAUUCUGGUGGCAAUAUGGUGACACAUAUUUGGAGGCUUUGGAACAAUGAAUCACCCUUAGAUCUCAUUGACCCCACAAUUAAGGAAAGCUAUGAGAAGGAUGAAGUCAUUAGAUGCAUCCAUAUCGGAUUGUUAUGUGUUCAAGAGUCUCCUGCGGAUCGUCCAGCCAUGUCUACAAUCUUUCAAAUGCUUACCAAUAGGUCCAUUGUUCUACCUGUCCCUCGACCACCUGGAUUUUUCUUCAGGGACAGGUCAAAUUUAGACCCUUUAACCUAUGGAUCUGAGCCGGGGCAUUCUAGAUGCAACUCUGUUUCUUAUUCUGUAUUAACUCCUCGUUAA